GAGCUCUCUUCUUUGGUAUACGAUGCUGAACGAUUCAUCCUCUUGCACGCCGGUGUAAUCUCUUCUGCCCCUCUCCAGAUCUAUCGCAGUGCUCUUCUCUUCAGCCCUCGAGCGAGUAUCGUUCGAGCUUUGUUCGAAAAUGAGAUGGAUGGACCCAGACUAUUGUCAGGAGUUGAUGAGCACUGGGGCGCCACACUGCAGGUACUCGAAGAAGACUCAAAAUAUGUUGGGUCAUUGGAGUUCGCCCUCGAUGGGGAAAAGUUGGUCUCUCUAACGCCCUCCAAAGAUCCUCGACGUGUACGGAUAUGGGAUGUUGCGACCGGACAAGCUGAGCAUUUACAGCAAGUCCAUUCGGGCAAAGUUACAUCUGUCGCAUUGGCCCGUGAUGGCAAGUUGCUUGCGUCAGCCUCAGAUGACCAAACAAUACGGGGGGAUGAAUCGCAUCCCAGGGGCGACUCAGAUAUCAGUAUCUGGGAUGUUGCAAAGGGUCGACUUAAGCAUGUUCUCAAGGGCCAUUCUCACUUUGUCGGAGUUCUAGUGUUCUCUCCUGAUGGAAGCAAACUGGCGUCAGCAUCACGCGAUGAGUCUAUCCGGGUAUGGGACACGGCAGCAUGCGAAACUGAAUACAUAUUCAAGGGUCAUGGGGGCAUGCCACGCACAUUGCUAUUCUCUCCUGAUGGAAGCAAAUUGGUGUCAUCGCAGAGUUGGGGCCAUUUCCCUUCCAACGACACUGAUCACGACAGAACAGUUCGGGUAUGGAACCUCGCAGCUGGUCGAGCUGAUCGAUUGCUGGAUUUUCAUCCUGGCGUGAUAAAGUCCAUAGCGUUUUCCCCUGAUGGGUGCAAGGUGGCAACAGGAUCAUUUUGUGGUCCAGUACGGAUAUGGGACGACGUCACGGCAGGCCAGGUCGAGUAUACACUGAACUGCAACUCCACUGCUAUCACAAGCCUGUCAUUUUCCCCUGAUGGGACGAAAUUAGCGACAGGAAUAGCUCACGGCGACGUGCUACUAUGGGACAUUGCAGAAGGCCAAGUCAUUCAUAUGCUCAGAGGUCACUCUGGGAAAGUUCAGACCCUGAUCUUUCUCAAAACAGGAAACAAAUUAGCAUCAGGAUCAGGCGGUGAUAUGACCAUCGGGAUCUGGGACCUCACUACAGGCCAAGCCGAGCACAUGCUCAGCGGACAC